GGAGAUCAAAAUCAUAUGUCGUUUCUUGUUGUCAUUAAUUAUACGGUUUUAAAAGUUCAAACUCACUACAAAGUUAAUUUGUUGUAAAUGUGUGAAUAUCCUGUCACAAUUUCAAUGUAACUAUAUUUUAUUAUUUUGUAUCUUCAAAGAGUUAAUACCUUCAGUCAAAACAAUGACCAGCGUUUUACAUGACUGAUGAAGUCGGAUAUGCGAGUGCCAAUGCAGUGUAAUCCGAGCAGCCAGCACGUAUCGCGGUUGUGGAGUGGAUAAAUGCCCUCGCGUGAAGCGUUACCCCGGCGAAGAGAACUCCAUGUCUUUCUUGGGGCAUGUCUCACCCCCUCCUCCCCUCUCCCCCAGGACUGCUCCUGCAUCUCCCCCACUCAAGUCCAGCCAAUCAGCAUAGAGGACCAGUAUGUGGACGUCAGCCACCAAUACCUGAGCUCCGAUCUCUCGGAAUGCACUUUCACCGGGGGUGCAGGCAGCGAUGACAUCACAGCGCUCUCCGCUGAGCCCGCCCACUACCAGCUGCUUUUAGAGCUGGGGAAGGGCUUCAACAAUAUGAGCCAGGUCCACAUGGCCCGCCACAUCCCCUCAGGCCAGCUGGUGGCAGUCAAGCACACCAACCUGGAUGAAUGCACUGAGGAUGAGCUGCUACAGCUAAUGAACGAGGUGCUUCUCUCCAGGCGGUUCCGCCACCCUAACUUGCUGACCUCUCGGCUGGUCUUCAGCUCCUGUUGUCAGCUCUGGGUCCUCACCCCACUCAUGGGCUACGGUUCUGCAGACAGCCUGUUGAGGACAUACUUCCAUGAUGGGAUGAGUGAAUCUCUGAUCGCCUAUUUACUCCACGGCGUCCUGAAGGCGUUGCAGUACCUGCACCGUAUGGGCUACGUGCACAGGGGGGUGAAGGCCAGUCACAUCCUGUUGUCCGGGGAGGGGCGUGUCUACCUCUCGGGGCUGCACAGUGUUUAUAGUAUGAUGCGUGAGGGGAAGAGGGUGAGGGCAGUGUUCGACAUGCCCCAUCACAGCCCCGCCCUGCUCCCCUGGCUCAGUCCAGAGCUGUUACGACAGGACCUACACGGUUAUGGUGUGAAGUCAGACAUCUACAGCCUGGGAAUCGUGGCCUGUGAGUUGGUCAGCGGCAGAGUGCCUUUCCAGGACAUGCCCCCUACUCAGAUGUUGCUCCAGAAGCUACGUGGGUCUCACUGCUGCCUGCUGGACGUGGCCCCGUUCCCGCUGGGUGAGCUGAGCGGGCUGAAGCUGUCCCGUUCCGGGGUGGACUCGGGCAUCGGCGAGAGCGUGGUCACGGGCAGCCUGACCCGCACCGCCACCGCGGAGAGACCCCAGAGCCCCGGACCCAAGAACCACUCGGCCACGCUGCACGACCUGGUCCAGCUAUGCCUGCAACAGCAGCCAGACCGCAGACCCUCCGCAUCGACACUGUUGACCCAUGCCUUCUUUAAACAGGUGAAGAGGCAUCACACCGGGGACUCUUUCCUAAGUCUCAUGUACCCGGCCGUGCCCCUUGGAGCGCCCAGCCUCGAUGACCCCCCCAUGUCCUGCUCCCCGACCCCGUCCUGCCACCCCCCCACGUCCGACCCCACAGAAGGGAUGUGGGACUUCUCGUAGUCUCCACACUGUCCCCGCCCCACCAGACCUGAGAACCGAGCCUAACUUGAGACAAUCAAUACCAACAGCAAUCAAACAGCGAGCCCAAAUUUUUUCCACUGUGCUUCGAUUGUACUUGUAUCACCCACCACUCUGAGCCUUGAUUAGUCGUUUUCUAGGUUUUGUUAACGGUUUGUUUUGAAACCCAAAUAAGGGACAACAGAGUGACUAGUGAAAGGAGGGCAGGAUUAUGAAGCUGCUUUUUGUAAUGAAUCAUCAAAUGUACAUCUCUGUGCCAUGGGUGUGGCCACCAAUCAAACACAAUGCCAGAGGCCACGUUCGAGAGGAUCGCAGGCGACUUCCUACUGAUUAACCGAUACGAUUUCGCUUUGCAUCAUGAAUAACAGCUCAAAUAAGGCGCAACGCUAGUUCACCAUUAGAAACGUCAACGUUUUAAGUUAACUUUGUUAUAUUGAAAUAUUGACUGUUCUGAAUGUCGAGCCAACAUUGUGACCGAUUAACGCAUUUUCUUGGUUGAGCAGUCUACGUUUCCUCAGAUCCGCUCAGACAAACCAGUUUGAGAGGAUCCCCCCUGAAACUGUAAUGAAAUAAUCCAUUUUGAAGGGUCAUGUGUAAUGAAAUGUUAAUAUAUGAGGAGGGCGAUGUCAUGUAAUAAUGUUACGCGGUAAAAUAGGUCCUAGAAUACAUGUUGAAGCAGUGUGUGAGAAGUGUGUGAGGAGAGACAGCUAGCGUGUAUGUUCUGUGAGCAAUUACGAUUGCGUUCCCCUGCUCAGACAGCGCACGCAUCAACCAACGGAUGGGUGUCACGUUGUCAACUGACAGAUUGCUGUAACGUGACAUGGUUUGCUGUUACGUAAAAUAUCCAUCCAGCCGUGGUAAAAGCGGAGGAACGUGCCUCGUGACAUCCCUCUAGCCUUGUGAAACCAGCCUGAUCCCACAGUAGGUCACGUUGCCAUGUGAACUGAAUUGGAUGGACAGUGCUCGUUCUUCUUGGCCAGGCUGCUAUCCCUCAACCCUUUGUUACCAGUCAAUCCCUGUGAUUAAAAAAAGAAUAAUACUAGCUACCGAUACUGUGCUUCGUGACCAACCUACCCAUACACUGCCUCUUAGUGAUACAACAUGUAUGGGAUGGUCUUCACCUUUAUUGUUUUUUUUCAAUGAAACCUGUGUACUGUUUGCUACGGAUUUGUGUGUACUCAAUGAUACUGUGUACGAGAGAACUUAAACAUGGUUAUGAACUUAUAUCAAACAUAUUAUAGAUGUAUAAGCCUUAUAGAAGUGUUAUAAAUACAUUCAUAAUCACUUUUUAAAUCAA